GUAUACAUACAUAUACAUACAUAGAUACAUACAGUCUCUGAAUUCAGACCCCCAAACGGGAUAUUCUUCGCAGCUAAAAAACGCCAUGGGACAACUUCUUGACAAGUUUCAAGGAAAGGAAUGGAAAGAAAAACAGAUACGUAUAAUUACCGACAAAGUUUUCAAUCGUGUCAAAGAUGAUGCAGGAAGGCCUACUCUCACAUUCGAAGAGCUCUACAUUGCCGUAUUACUUAUAUAUAAUGAUCUUAACAAGCGUUUGCCUGGCCCCCAUUUCGACCCCCCUACUAAGGAGCAAAUUAAGACCCUCAUGCAGGAGAGUGACAUUAACUUUGAUGGUGAAUUGGACCGUGAAGAAUUUGUGAAGUUCAUACGACGCAUAACGAAAGACACGUUCAUCAGUGUGAGUCAAGGAUUAAUAAUUACUCUUGCCGUUGCUCCGACAGUGGCUUUGCUAACGAAGAGGACUUGCGAGAAUGUGCCAGGUGUCGGCAAAGUGGUCCAGAAAGUACCGAAUUCGAUUUACGCUUCGCUUGUGACACUCGUCAUUGUUGCCUUUCAACAAGGUGCGGAGAGAUCGUAAUUCAUAAAUGGUACACUUCUUUUGUUUGUGUACAUAGAAUUUCAAGAAAAUAAAAAAGAUUUUCAAGAAAAUUCUUCUCUUCUGGAGAACACAACUUGUAAAACUUAUUGUGUGGAUUGGUUUAUAUAUCUGCAUUUUUACGAAGUGUUUCGAUUUCC